AUGGAACUUCUCCACCAGUUUCAUGAAAGGCUAAGGCCGGUGAAGUUGGCAGAUGGUGCAGAGGAUCAUAUGGUGUGGAGGUUUGAUAGUAAAGGGGUGUUUUCUACUAGAUCUGUUAUGCAGGUUCUUCAAGCAGAGACUAUGUUAGAUGAGAUCACGAGUUACAGCUUUACAAGUUCAGUCUGGCGAGGUGUGGUACCUUCGAGAAUUGAGCUGUUUGGAUGGUUUGUGCUGGUUGGUAGAGUGAAUACUAAGGAAAGAUUGAGUAGGCUAGGCGUUAUUAUUCCCAGUGAUAAUAUCUGUGUUCUGUGUAAGAAGGAGAUAGAAACGGUCGAACAUUUAUUCCUUCUAUGUGAUUUAACAUGGCAGGUGUGGUGCAGUUGGUUGAGGAGAUUUGGUGAGGCGUGGGCUAUCCCUGGUACCAUUAGGGAACUGUUUGAGAGUUGGACUGGUAGGCAUAAGAAAAAACAAGUGCAGAAAAAGUGGCUGAUUGGGUUUUUCACAGUGAUUUGGAAUAUCUGGAUGGAAUGUAAUGCUAGGAUCUUCAAUCAUAAAGAAGCAGGUGUUGAGAUCGUAAUAAGGAGGACGUUUCUAAGUUACAAAGAAUGGACUGAUAGUAAUCCUUUUGGCAGUUGA